AUGUCUCCCCCGCUGCGAACCCUCGGCCGAAACGGCCCGCCCGUGGCCCCAGUCGGCCUCGGCUUCGGGAGCCUCGGCGGAUUCUACGGACCACCGGGGACCCGGGACGAGAAGCUGGCCCUCCUGGACCGCGCGUACGCCGCCGGCCUGCGCUUCUGGGACCUGUCCGACGUCUACGGCGACGCGGAAGACCUCGUGGGCGAGUGGCUGGCGCGGUCGGGCCGACGCGACGACGUCUUCCUCGGCACCAAGUUUUCGCUCCAGCGCGGCGCCGACGGGAGGCACACGUUCCGCUCUGACCCUGAGCACGUAAAGGCAUCGUGCGACAAGAGCCUGGCCGCCCUGAGCGUCGCCACAAUCGACCUCUACUACUGCCAUGCCGUGGACGGGGUCACGCCUAUUGAGCGGACUGUUGAGGCUAUGGUUGAGCUGAAGAACCAGGGUAAGAUUCGACACCUCGGGCUCUCGGGAGUCUCGGCCGCCACGCUGCGAAGAGCGCAUGCCGUCCACCCGAUUGCCGCUCUGCAGUGGGAGUACAGCCUAUUCACGCUGGAUAUUGAAUCGCCGGAAAAUAAUAUCUUAACGACUUGCCGCGAGCUGGGCGUGGCCUUGGUUUCUUUUAGCCCUGUUGGGCGCGGUGUUCUCACGGGCCGGUUCCGGUCGCACCGGGACAUUCCAGAGGGCGACCUGCGCCGCUUCUAUCCCAAGUAUGCGGAGGGCAACUUUGCCGAGAUCCUGAAGCUGGUCGGGGGCGUGGAGGACGUGGCGAGGGAUCGGGGGAGCACGCCGGCACAGGUGGCUCUUGCGUGGCUGCUGGCCCAGGGACCGGAUAUCAUUGCCAUCCCGGGCACCAAGUCGGCCUGUAGGAUGGACGAGAACGCGGGCGCUGCGCUGCUCCGGCUGAGUGGUGAGGAGGUACGGGGGCUUCGGGACCUGGCGGAGCGAGUGGACAUUAAAGGCGCUCGGUACCCGGCUGCUGUUAUGGCGACUCUGCACCAGGAUACGCCUCCGUUGUAG